GAGAGUGAGAGAGAGGAUCGAGGGCGCGCAUGAGAAAAUGUUGCGCAGGAGGAAAGCAGCGAGCCGGGCUGUAUGGAGCUAUCUGCAAUAGGUGAGCAGGUAUUCGCGGUGGAGGAUAUCAGAAAGAAGCGCAUCCGAAAGGGCAGAGUGGAAUACCUUGUGAAAUGGAAGGGCUGGCCACCAAAGUACAGUACGUGGGAACCCGAGGAACAUAUUCUGGACCCGAGACUGCUCAUGGCUUAUGAAGAAAAGGAGCAGAGAGACCGGGCUCUCGGCUAUAGGAAACGAGGUCCCAAACCAAAGCGAUUCCUACUGCAGCGGAUCUAUGGCAUGGACCUGCGCAGCGCCAACAAGCUGAAGGACAAGGGCAAGGUUCGCCUCUCGCUGUCCUCCCGGAGGUUCCACGGCGGCCCGGUGUUGGGGCCGGCGCCGCGCGAGCUCGCCGACAACGCCAAACGCAUCCACUUUCCGCUGGCUCGGAAGCACAAGAUCUUCAAGGUGACCGAGGGCAAGCUGGCGCGGGUGGUCAGCGCGGCCCAGGCACACCAGGACGGGGGCUUCUCCGAGGAAGAGCCUGGGCCCAACGACCGGGGAACCUUCCCCGACUCAGAGUACGAUGAUGAGGAAACGCAAAGCAUCCCCGACACGACAGAAGGUCCGACCUCUCCCGGCAGGAGCGCCGCGGCCAUUGCCGCCGGAUGGAACCCAUCUUCCCCGCUGGGGGACAUUACAGUGACGGACGUCACCGCCAACUCCCUCACCGUCACCUUCCGGGAAGCGCUGGUGGCCGAAGGAUUUUUCAGGGAUCGCAGCCUGAGUUGCUAACGGCAACGGGGAAGG